AAACACACCAUGUUAACGUCCGUAAAGCCAGCUAUUUAAAGACUUGCUACAAUGUCGGGUGAAUUCAGACCAACUUCUCAUCAUGAAUCCGGUGAGGAAAUCUUCCCUAUUCAUGACGAACAAGAGACUCUACACUCAAACAAACCUACGGAGCACGAAUCAAUUCACGAAACCAUGUCCACUACUGAUAGUUACGCUAGCAUUGACCACAGAAGUCCUGGUUUUGUUGAAUAUCACCACAUUGACGACGUCAACCCAGCCUCUGCCUAUCAACAGGUGACAGAAGAACGCCAGUCGGAAGCUGAUAAUGACUAUGAAUGCAUUGCUGAAACCUACCCUGCGUAUGAUUACCUUGAAGCAAUAAACGACUCACGCACGCUUACAUCGAGGAAUAGCGCAGUAGCUAAGUGCAAGAAGUCCAUUGUUUUUCUCGCUCCCAUAUUUGCCAGCGUGACAGUCAACAUCAUAGCUGGGUUCUUCUUCCGAACGUUCUUCCUGACUGUUGCUCAUAUCACCUCAAACAGAGCAGGCAGUGAAGAUGGAGGAAUGCUACUAAACCUAUUUUGUUUGUUCUCUGCACUUGCAGCUGCUUCCUGUGCGCCGCUUUUGAUCAGGUACGGCUUCCGAAAGGUCGCCCUGGGCGGAAGUGUACUACACAUCUUUUCCUGUAUCUCGUCGUCAUUGACAACCACAGGCCAUGUCAUGACUAUCUCAUUCAGCAUCAUGGGAGGUUUCACUGUGGGUCUUCUUCGGACUAUUGGUGUCGUGGCUACCGUCGACCAUCUAAACUCUCGACCCGCUCUCGCUCUUAUCAUCAGCUACACCAGCUUCAUCAUUGGGAACGUCAUUAGGAUCAUUUUCAGCAGCUUUGACUUGAUACAAUAUCAAUACAAUAGACGGGGUGGGUCUGAUACAUCCAGGCUGUUUGAGAUAAUUGCUGUGACAGGUCUUGUCGCUGGAAGGUUUCUACAGAAGAACUCACAGACCCAGCAAAAUAUGCCCCAGCUCUUCAAACACCCACCGUUUUAUUUCCUUAUCUCGAUAAGAGUUGUCGCGUCUAUGGGUUUGUCAAUCCUUCUACCUUCGAUCAAAAUCAUCCGUUCUGAAGAAUCGUCCAUUUUAUCUGCCGUCCUCUUCGUCAGUCAGUUUAUCGUGCUGAUUGUUCUGCUGAUCCUCCGAAAUUUCCAGAAGGAAAGUCUGAAAGAGUCGGCUCUGUUAUUGAUGGGGAUAUCAGUCCUAGCUGUCGGCCUUGUCACCAUGUUCCACCAGGCGACUUUUGGUAGUUUCUGGGUUGGCUUUUCCUUCGUGAUUGGAGCAGUCAUUGUUUUCUCCCAAGUAAUGAUACCACUAGUGAUGGUCCAUACCACGGGUAGAACCAACUUGAAACUGACCCUACCAGUGCUGUGCUGCUUUGAUCAGAUGGGAGGACUUAUCGGCAGCUCCAUUAUGGAAAAAAUCGUGACAGAAACAUCCUCUGUAAAUGGAACCUUGUAUUUUGCUGGUUUGUCUCUGACCACUGCUGGAAUUGGUGCCAUCAUUGCAUGGGUGCUGAUAAUGCAUUGGCGGCCUCUAAGUCAUGAGGCUGUCUCCCGUCAUUUUGUGCUGGGCGCCGAUAACACCGGCGACGAGGAGGCACAGGACCCCGAUGAGGAGGAGGCAGAGGACAAUGUCGGGAACUUUGUCGAAGAGGCGGCAGAUGACGCUGGUGGUGAGAAGGCAGGGGACCCUGGUGAUGAGGAGACAAAGGACCCUGGUGAUGAGGAGACAAAGGACCCUGAUGAUGAGGAGGCAGCGGACCCUGGUGAUGAGGAGGCAGGGAACCCUGGUUAUGAGGAGGCAGGGAACCCUGGUGAUGAGGAGACAAAGGACCCUGGUGAUGAGGAGGCAGCGGACCCUGGUGAUGAGGCAGGGAACCCUGGUGAUGAGGAGGCAGGGAACCCUGGUGAUGAGGAGACAAAGGAUCCUGGUGAUGAGGAGACAAAGGAUCCUGGUGAUGAGGAGACAAAGGACGCUGGUGAUUGAUGCAUCCCUAUAAGAGUAAACUAGUGUUACGAUAGAAAUGUUGAUUCGCUCAUGUAUAACAUAAUCAAUAUAACUAUAUCAUGGAUAAAAUGAAAACAACACUGGUAACAUUGUCGAACAUAGUAACGCGAGUAGUAGUGUUCCUACAGUUAACUACAAUGAAAAGGAUCAUGAUUUUGGUCUUGUAAUGCUAGUAACAUUUUGGGCUGCCUCGAUGGUUAUGGCUAUAACAAAAACAAACAUAUCUGCCGAAACGUUUCUGAAAUGGUUAAAGACAAUAUGUAUGUGGUGCUUUUGUGUUGCAUUCAUAAUGAAUAUUCAAGACGUUUCAAUGUCAUGAAAUACUGUACAUGUAAUCAAAAGCCGUCAGUAUUAGUUAUGCCAUGAGGUGUUUGAGGUCGUGUCAGUAAAUACGAAUAUACUUAAUUUUAUAUUUAUUGUCUGUACCAAGGGCGUGUCGCUCUGUCUUCUGUUACCAGAUCUCGG